UGAGAGCAUUAGCAAUUUCGACGUACCUGGCGCGUUCUAAUGCAAGAGCAAACUUGGAUAACGCUUGCAUUCUGGAUCCAGUGGACAGUGCACUCCAGAUUUUGAACCCCUUUCUAGCUGAUGCAACGCAUCUGCUAAUAUCGUUGCUGGAAUAAUACACAAAUCAGAAGCCUAUUAAAAGUAUACAGUUCAUCACCGAUUGAUGUUACAUAAAAAUAUGUAAAUUUGUACCUUGUUGCAUUUGCCCUUGGAGUAUUCUUAUAUGUCCACUGUUACGGCGAGCCUUGAUUAAUCGCCGUUCUGCAACCACCGGAAUAAACUUAUUUUUUCCAUCACCUGUAAGACAUCCCCGAGCUCUUUGUCCGCGUGUUCCCGUUGAAGCAUGGAUCUACAUCACAAGAGAAGGCCGAUCGCUUACUUGACUCGAAAGGCGCAAAUAUCUUGCUGUCAUCGUUUGAACAGCCCGUUCCUGAGCGAAAAGGAGAAUAAAGAGGUGUACGGAAAAUGCAACAACAUUUGGGGCCACGGUCAUAAUUACACUGUGGAAGUGACAGUUCGCGGACCUGUUGACCCACGCACAGGCAUGGUCAUGAAUUUGGAGGAAUUAAAAGAAUGCAUGAACAAAGUGCUGAUGGACCAGAUGGAUCAUAAAAAUAUAGACAAGCAAGUGUUUCACUUGAGAAAUAUAGUUUCAACGACAGAGAACGUUGCUAUUUAUAUAUUUGAGGAGUUAAAGACGCACAUGUCUAAUCCCGAAUUGUUGUACGAAGUCAAGGUCCACGAAACCGACAAAAAUGUUAUGUGUUUUAAGGGAGAAUACGAUGACAGUCAAUCUUCUGUUUCUUAAUUAGACUAUUUAAUUGUACAGAUUUGUUUACCUUUGAUAUCUGUUUGGUAUUUUUAUUGCAUUUGUAUAAUACAAUUACAUGAUUGUAUAAUUAUAUUAAAUCAAUCGAAAAUAAUAUAUGUAAAUUAUGUAUAUAUGUAGGUAAUAUAGAAAAUGUAACAUUCCAUUUGUACCCUAAUUUCAUUAAAUCAGGGCUUACAAUUUGGCAAA